CAAAUUUCUAAAUUUAUAGGAGAAUAAUAUCCAAAUAAGACCCUAUCAAAUCGUUUGAAGUGGUCAAAAGAAUUUUGCAUGCACAAACUCAACUAAAUAAGAACUUGUGCAAUGACAUUCAGAGUUAACACAAAAUCAUCAAACACCUGCGACCUAAUUCCAAUAGUCUCCACGCCAACAAUGUCCAAAUUCAACCCAUACGAGCAUAUGAACAUUAGACCCAAUCCUGAUGGUACCGUUACUCGCCUGCUCAACUUCCCGGCUGCUAAAACCAACGCUGAUCCUUCCUCCGGCGAACCCAUUCUAUCCAAAGACGCGAUUAUCAACACUGAAAAAAAUACCAAGGUUCGCCUCUACCUUCCCAUCAAAUGCACUUCCGCUAUGAAACGCCUACCCGUUUUAUUUUACUUCCACGGCUGUUCUUGGGUUCAGUUCACAGCUGACAACGCUGCCCUUCACCUUGAACGUCAAUGGACUGCAGGCUCAAUUCCUGCAUUCAUCAUCCUUGUCCUUUAUAGGCUCGCCCCUGAAAGCCGGCUACCCGGCCAAUACGAAGAUGCGGAGGACUCACUUCGUUGGUUGAAACAACAGGUUUUAGAUCCCGAUGGAGAUCAAUGGAUUAAAGAUUAUGCAGACUUGUCGAGGUGUUUCCUUUCUGGGUCUGGUAACGGAGGGAAUAUCGUGUAUAACCUUGGUUUACGUGCAGUGGAUAUGGAUUUGGAUCCAAUAAAUAUUGUUGGGUUAAUAAUGAAUCAGCCAAUGUUUGGUGGGAAACAGAGGACAGGCUCAGAAUUAAAGUUUGCGACGGAUCAAUUAAUACCAUUGCCUGUGCUAGACCUGGCAUGGGAACUAGCAUUGCCAAAAGGGACGGAUCGCGAUCAUCGAUACUGUAAUCCAAUGUUGGAAGGGCCACACCAGGAAAAGAUAAAAUAUUUACCUCCAUGUUUAGUCCUUGGUUUUGGGAUGGACCCUUUGGUAGAUAGGCAACAACAGUUUGUGCAGAUGUUGUUGAAUCACGGGGUGAAAGUGGACGCUCAAUUCGAUGAGGUUGGGUUCCAUAGGAUCGAGAUUGUGGAUGCUCGAAGGAGAGUUGGGUUGAUAACUAAUAUAAAACAAUUUAUGAAUUCGCAACUUACGAAUUCGCAAUAUGCCAAUGCUAGGCGUCCAGUUUGUAACAGUUGAAAACAUGUGCUGCAGCUGCAUGCAUCAUUUUGAUAUUUCUCCAGAGAGUAUCCUCGGGGUAUAAAAUAACCAAAGGAGAGUGAGUUGUAGGGUAAAUAAGACUACUUUCAUUAGCAGAUCAGAGAGACCGCUCAUUACUUAUCCUUAUGAUCCAUCUGCUAUUUUUGAU